GCUAAGCCGUGGCGGUGUGAGGUGAAUAUCGUGAUUAGAUUUCUCAUCCAGUUUAAAUCUGCAACAUCCUGAUAACUGUAUCGGCACAGAAUCGGCUUCUUCCACUCAAGGCUUAGGGUCCAGAGACAUCCAUCAUGUUUCUGUACAACCUGACCUUGCAGCGUGCCACUGGCAUCAGCCAUGCCAUCCAUGGCAACUUCUCAGGUACAAAGCAGCAGGAGAUUGUUGUCUCUCGUGGGAAGAUUUUGGAGCUGCUGCGUCCUGAUGCCAACACGGGCAAGGUCCACACGUUGCUCACCAUGGAGGUGUUCGGCGUUGUCCGUUCAUUAAUGGCGUUCAGGCUGACUGGUGGAACAAAAGACUACAUUGUGGUGGGCAGUGAUUCAGGUCGUAUUGUUAUUUUGGAGUACCACCCCUCCAAGAACAUGUUUGAAAAGGUGCACCAGGAGACUUUUGGCAAGAGUGGUUGUCGGCGCAUCGUUCCUGGGCAGUUCUUGGCAGUAGAUCCCAAAGGCAGAGCUGUUAUGAUUGGUGCCAUUGAGAAGCAGAAGUUGGUGUACAUCCUGAACAGAGAUGCUGCUGCCCGCCUAACCAUCUCCUCCCCCUUGGAAGCACACAAAGCCAACACACUCGUCUACCAUGUUGUGGGAGUAGAUGUAGGCUUCGAGAACCCCAUGUUUGCCUGCCUUGAAAUGGAUUAUGAGGAGGCAGAUAACGACCCCACGGGGGAGGCAGCAGCCAACACGCAGCAGACUCUGACUUUCUAUGAGUUGGACCUGGGACUCAACCAUGUGGUGCGCAAGUACAGCGAGGCUCUGGAGGAGCAUGGCAAUUUUCUCAUCACAGUACCAGGUGGCUCGGAUGGACCCAGCGGUGUGCUCAUUUGCUCGGAGAACUACAUCACUUACAAGAACUUCGGGGACCAACCGGAUAUCCGAUGCCCAAUUCCGCGCAGGAGGAAUGACCUGGAUGAUCCAGAGAGGGGCAUGAUCUUCGUCUGCUCUGCCACACACAAAACCAAGUCGAUGUUUUUCUUCCUCGCCCAGACAGAACAGGGCGACAUCUUCAAGGUCACCCUGGAAACAGACGAGGAAAUGGUCACAGAGAUCCGGAUGAAAUAUUUUGACACCAUUCCGGUGGCCACUGCAAUGUGCGUGUUGAAAACUGGCUUCCUGUUUGUCUCCUCCGAGUUUGGAAAUCAUUACCUUUAUCAGAUAGCUCACUUGGGUGAUGACGACGAAGAACCAGAAUUCUCCUCUGCCAUGCCUCUGGAGGAAGGCGACACCUUUUUCUUUCAGCCACGACCACUUAAAAAUCUGGUGCUUGUGGAUGAACAGGAAAACCUCUCCCCGAUCAUGUCUUGCCAGAUUGCUGAUCUGGCCAAUGAAGACACUCCUCAGUUGUAUGUAGCAUGUGGUAGAGGGCCCAGAUCUACCCUUCGGGUUCUAAGACAUGGACUGGAGGUCUCAGAGAUGGCUGUGUCUGAACUUCCUGGUAACCCGAAUGCUGUGUGGACUGUAAGAAGGCAUGUGGAAGAUGAGUUUGACGCCUACAUUAUUGUGUCCUUCGUUAAUGCCACACUGGUGCUGUCAAUCGGAGAAACUGUGGAGGAAGUGACGGAUUCUGGGUUCUUGGGUACUACCCCGACCUUGUCCUGCUCUCUGCUGGGGGAAGAUGCUCUGGUGCAGGUCUAUCCAGAUGGCAUCCGUCAUAUCCGUGCAGAUAAACGUGUCAACGAGUGGAAGACCCCUGGAAAGAAAACCAUCGUUCGCUGUGCAGUUAAUCAGCGACAAGUGGUCAUUGCUUUGACUGGAGGAGAGCUUGUGUACUUCGAGAUGGACCCAUCAGGCCAACUGAACGAGUACACAGAGAGGAAGGAGAUGUCUGCAGACGUGGUGUGUAUGAGCCUCGCAAAUGUUCCUCCAGGUGAACAGCGCUCCCGUUUCUUGGCUGUGGGAUUAGUGGACAACACCGUGCGAAUCAUCUCCUUAGACCCUUCGGAUUGUCUGCAGCCACUCAGUAUGCAAGCACUGCCUGCACAGCCAGAGUCUCUCUGCAUAGUGGAGAUGGGAGGUGUGGAGAAACAGGAUGAACUAGGAGAAAAAGGCACCAUAGGCUUCCUCUAUCUCAACAUCGGCCUGCAGAACGGUGUGUUACUGCGUACUGUGCUGGACCCAGUGACUGGAGACCUAUCAGACACUCGCACACGCUAUCUGGGCUCACGUCCAGUCAAGCUCUUCAGGGUGCGGAUGCAGGCUCAGGAGGCUGUGUUGGCCAUGUCUAGUCGGUCGUGGCUGAGCUAUUCGUAUCAGUCUCGGUUCCAUCUGACGCCGCUAUCCUACGAAACGCUCGAGUAUGCUUCAGGCUUUGCCUCGGAGCAGUGUCCUGAAGGCAUUGUGGCCAUUUCUACCAACACACUGAGGAUUUUGGCUCUGGAGAAACUGGGGGCUGUCUUCAACCAGGUGGCCUUUCCUCUGCAGUACACGCCACGCAAGUUUGUCAUUCACCCAGAGACCAAUAACCUAAUCCUGAUCGAAACCGACCACAAUGCCUACACAGAAGCCACCAAAGCUCAGCGCAAGCAGCAGAUGGCAGAGGAAAUGGUGGAGGCUGCAGGAGAGGAUGAAAGGGAGCUGGCUGCAGAAAUGGCAGCAGGCUUUUUAAAUGAAAACCUACCAGAAGCCAUCUUUGGUGCCCCCAAAGCUGGCUCGGGACAGUGGGCAUCACUGGUACGUCUGAUCAGCCCCAUCCAGGGAAGCACGCUGGAUCUGGUUCAGUUGGAGCAGAACGAGGCUGCCUUUAGUGUGGCGGUCUGUCGCUUUGCCAAUGGGGGUGAUGACUGGUACUUGUUGGUGGGUGUUGCCAGAGACAUGAUCCUUAACCCACGAUCUGUGGGCGGGGGUUACAUUUACACCUAUCGCCUCGUCAGUGAGGGUGACAAGCUGGAGUUUGUUCACAAGACCCCAGUAGAGGAUGUGCCCCUUGCCAUCGCUCCCUUCCAAGGCAGAGUGCUGGUGGGAGUGGGCAAACUGCUGCGUAUCUACGACCUGGGUAAAAAGAAACUCCUCCGCAAGUGUGAAAACAAGCAUGUUCCUAAUCUGGUGACUGGAAUUUACACCAUCGGCCAGCGAGUGGUUGUAUCAGACAUCCAAGAGAGUUUGUUCUGGGUCCGCUACAAGCGCAAUGAAAACCAGCUUAUCAUCUUCGCCGAUGACACAAGCCCGCGAUGGGUCACCACUGCCUGCCUGCUCGACUACGAAACCAUGGCUGCUGCUGACAAGUUUGGAAAUAUCAGCAUUGUACGUCUACCACCAAACACCAGUGAUGAUGUGGAUGAGGACCCCACAGGGAACAAAGCGUUGUGGGACAGAGGCCUGCUCAACGGCGCAUCUCAAAAGGCAGAAAUAAUUGUCAACUACCACAUUGGAGAAACCGUUCUGUCCCUGCAAAAGACUACGCUCAUCCCUGGAGGCUCGGAGUCUUUGGUUUAUACAACUCUGUCGGGGGGCAUCGGCAUCCUCGUGCCUUUCACCUCCCAUGAGGACCAUGACUUUUUCCAGCACUUGGAGAUGCACAUGCGCUCCGAGUUCCCUCCACUGUGUGGCAGAGAUCAUCUCAGCUUCCGUUCCUAUUAUUUUCCCGUUAAGAAUGUGAUUGAUGGAGACCUCUGUGAGCAGUUUAACUCUAUGGAUCCCCAUAAGCAGAAAAGUGUUGCUGAGGAACUGGACCGAACACCACCAGAAGUGUCUAAGAAACUGGAAGACAUCCGCACACGCUACGCCUUUUAAAUCCCCCAUUAUGUACAAGUCUGUGUUUUGCAACAAAAAAAAAAAAAAAAUCCAACCCAAUAUUUUUUUCAAUCUGUCUUUUUACCCAAGAUUUCCAACACAAAUAUGAGGAUAUUAGGUAAUAGAUGUUUUUGUAAAAGACUGGCCAGUGUACCUGCAUUCAGUGAACCUGCUGGACUGUCACCAGCUGGAGUAAAACUGAGACUGGGCUCUGUAGCUUGUUUUUCAGGUGUACAGCUUAGUGAUGCAAAGCUUUUUAAACAGUGUCAUUUCAAGCACUUUCAAUGUUUGGGAUGAAAGUUAAAGUGUGCAGUUCAACACUGUCAUUUUUUUAGAUUCUGUAUUCUGUACGAUCCACAAAGACUUCUGUGACAUUUUGAGCAAAUGACUUGGUGCAGUUAUAUUUAAUGUUAAAAUACUGCUGUUCCCAGGUCAUUGUUGCAAAUGGCAGUGGAACUUGUAAAAUAUUGUAGAAUGUACAUGGCAACUGUGGGCUGAUUGUGGGAGGCUUUUUUGAUUUUUCUUUUGGUUUGCUGUUCACAUUACAAAACCCACAUUCACAAUUUUCCAAUACUAAACUUAAGGAAAUAAUUUUUGUAAAAUGGAUAAAGUUUGACAAUGUUUUGUAAAUAAACCUUUUUUACUUUGUGUCA